GCGGGCCGGCGCGAUGGGGCUGAGGGCAGGUGUAGCGGAGUAGCGGCGGCCUAAGGGCUUAGGAGCCCAGCGGUUUUCCCUGAGAGCUCGGGUCCCGGGGUCUUUGGGACCGGCCAGAGGACGCGGAGAGAGCCUAGAAUCGCCGCCCGCCGUCACCACCAGGCAUGUCGGCCGAAGCCUCGGGCUCGGCAGCGGCCGAGGCCCCGUGUCUGGAUGUCCCUAAGCCCUCGGGUCUCGAGCCUGGCUCCACCGCCUACGGUCUCAAGCCGCUGACCCCUAACAGCAAGUACGUGAAGCUGAACGUGGGCGGCUCACUACACUACACCACGCUGCGCACCCUCACGGGCCAGGACACCUUGCUCAAGGCCAUGUUCAGCGGCCGCGCGGAGGUGCUCACGGACGCCGGAGGUUGGGUGCUGAUUGAUCGGAGCGGCCGCCACUUUGGUACAAUCCUCAACUACCUGCGGGACGGGUCCGUGCCACUGCCUGAGAGUACCAGAGAACUGGGGGAGCUACUAGGUGAAGCACGCUACUACCUGGUACAGGGCCUGAUUGAGGACUGCCAGCUGGCGCUGCAGCAAAAAAGGCAGAACCUGUCCCCGCUGUGCCUCAUCCCCAUGGUGACAUCUCCCCGAGAGGAGCAGCAGCUCCUGGCCAGCACCUCCAAGCCCGUGGUGAAGCUCCUGCACAACCGCAGUAACAACAAGUACUCCUAUACCAGCACUUCAGAUGACAACUUACUUAAGAACAUCGAGCUGUUUGACAAACUGGCCCUGCGCUUCCACGGGCGGCUGCUUUUCCUCAAGGAUGUACUGGGGGACGAGAUCUGCUGCUGGUCUUUCUACGGGCAGGGCCGCAAAAUCGCCGAGGUGUGUUGCACCUCCAUUGUCUAUGCCACGGAGAAGAAACAGACCAAGGUGGAAUUCCCAGAGGCCCGGAUCUUUGAGGAGACCCUGAACAUCCUGAUCUACGAGACUCCCCGGGGCCCAGACCCAGCCCUCCUGGAGGCCACAGAGGGUGCAGCUGGAGGUGGCGGGACAGGCCGAGGGGAGGAUGAAGAGAACCGAGAGCACCGUGUCCGCAGGAUCCAUGUCCGGCGCCACAUCACCCACGAUGAGCGUCCUCAUGGCCAACAGAUUGUCUUCAAGGACUGACUUUUGACCUUUCUUCCUGUUUUCUUCCUGCCACUGGGACGCAGUCCCUCUCUAGCUUUUCCUCUACUUCCCAGACUUUUGCCCCGGCUUUGCUGGCCAAGUCGUGGGCCUUCCUUCUGUCCCUUCAUUGCAUGGUACAGUUCACUUUGGCCCUUUUCCAUUCACUCCCACCUCAUUGCUAAUAACAGUACAUUCCAACCCCUCCCCUCAGUCAGAGCCCUUCAGAAGGCCUACGUUCAUUCCUUUAUCCUCAUCUUGGUCCUGAUAUCUUCCCUCAUCAGCUGGUUUAGAAUGAUUUAGAAUUCCCUUUUUCUUUUUUUUAGUACAUUUUUCAUGCCAAAGUGUCAAGCCAGCCCUUAAUAACACCCACCACAUACUGAGCCACCUCCCUGCACUGUGCAGGGUAGUUUGCCUGCCUCCUUCCCCCACCAUUCUCCCUACCUCCUUAACUUUGUACUAGGCGGGCCUGGGCCUGCACCAGCUCGGCCAUCUCAAUCUGUUUCAUAUUAUUUAUUUUAAUUUUCUAUUAAAUUAUUGGAAUAAAGUUGAA